CACGCUUUGGCGACCUCUGCUGGACUCGCCCAAUUUCGAAACGCGUUUUUGCAACCGCAUUGUUUGAGUCCCUUCAGCCACUGUCAUCAUGUGAUUGUCAGACACAAAACACUGGCACAGGAGAAUCACAAUCAUUUUCAUAUGGGAAUAAAAAACGUAUAGUGAAGAAAUAGUGGGAGUAUGGCACAAGCCCACCGUUUCGACAGGAUUGGCGUGCUGUCUCCCUUGGAGGAGUCCAGCGCGGAGAUCAGCCGAGACAGCGGCAUCGUCUCGCAGAGCGCCAGCAGUUUGUCCAUGGUCAGCGAGGCCCUUAGCAGCGGAACCGUCUCCCAAAGCCCCAGCUUCGGCGUCGCAGUGUCCCAGAGCCCGAGCUUCAACUCUGCGGAGAACACGCUAGAAUUGGAGUCUGUGGACGACGAAGUCUUGAGACAAACCGCUCAAAAUUACUCCACGUACAUCAGAGCUACUGCAGGUGACGAGAUCCUCAACUUGGAAAAGAGCCUGGAAGAAAUGCUCACAAGAGUGGAUGAGUUUGUGGGAAUGCUUGAUAUGAUCCGCAAUGAUACCUCCCAAAUCGUCAACGAGAACCUACCUCAGAUCCACAAGAAAUCGGAGGAGAUGAGGCAGAUCUACAGGAAGAUUGACAAGUUGGAAUCGUUUGUGAAGAUGGUCGGUGCUAACGUGACGGUGAUGGAGGAUCGCGUGACCCAGGCGGAAGGGGAGGUGGCCACCAUACCAGGAGCCUUCAAGAAGAUGUUCCGGACCAUGAGCGUCCCCGGGUUCCUGCAGAAGCCGUCGAGCCCCCGGAGACCCCCGCAUCACCACCACGAGCUGCCUGCUGUCUUCCGCACUGACGACUACUUCCCUCCACACACGGACGGGCCCGGGCCCGGUUCAGGUUCCGGCGCCGGAGUGUAGGACCAAUCAACCCGACCAACC